CAGCGAAGUGUUUGCGUUACAAAUAAUAUAACUGAUAAAGCAUCGCCCGUGCUGUCAUAUUUAAUAUGUCGUCUAUCCGCUGAGAGUAUUGAUGUGUCCGAAUUGAAACGAUAUUAAUUUUGAAUAUAGUGUUGUAAUCGGGAGUCAGUAGUAAGGAGCCGGCGCAUAACUUUGCGCAGAACAUCACAUAUAAAGGCAGAGGGAAACUCGGUUCAUUCACAAUUCACGGGACGUUGGAGCCGCUACUCAGUGGAAACUUUGAAAAUUACGAUAAACUUAAAUAUGAAUAUGAGAUUCAUUUUCUAUGUCGUUGCAUUCGUGUUUGCUUGGAAUGGUUCUAACGGGCUCAUGCUGCCGGGUUGGAGGGCCCAACGUGGCCCAGCCCAGGCUAUGUCGUGGUUCUCCAGGGUGCGUCGCUAUCCUCUCCCCUCGCAUAGGAUCAUUGACCCCAUCGAAGAUUGCUUCCUGGUUACGUCUGAAGAAGGGGAGUUGUUUUUCAAAUCGCCUUCCGAUGAACCGAUUGUUUGCGGCAUUUACAUGAUAGCUGAUCCGGAUAAACGGAUCCAAGUCAUCUUUAACUACCUCGACGUGCCAUGCGAGAACGGCGGCUUGGUUGCCUGGGUAGACGGCUGGGAAUUGAAUGGCCAAGUAUGGCCAGCUGAUGCCUGGGACGAUGACAGGGUCGUGGAGUCCUGCGACAAGCGUCCACAGCGCAAGUUGGUCUCCAAGCAGAACGCUGCCCUUGUGCAGUACAGAGUCCCAGCACGAGGAAAAGGAUUUGCUAUUACAAUAAGACAUAUUAGAAAUCCGAGACCUUGUAACUUAAUGCUUUUUGGAUCUGAUGGUGUAUACACUCUUCGGAAUCAUGGAGAGACAGGGAAUUGUUCAUUGCUGGCAGUAUCUCCAGCUACUGUCCGUGUUUUGGACUUAGACGUGGGGCAGACUGUGAAAAGAAAUAGCCUCCUUGAAGUCGAAACUGGAACUAUACAUCAUUGCACAAAGCGGGGACUUCACGACUACGUAGAUAUUGGCGGGGCUAGUGGGCUCGACCACACCAAAAUGGAAGUGUAUGAUAGCUUAUGUGGACUCGACUCAAACGAAGCUCGCCGCUCAAUGUACAUAGCCUGCGAGGACACCGUCGUACGAUUGGUUUCUAGCGGACGCUACCAAAAUUCUGUAACCCUGGCCUUCUCUGCCCUCCCCCUGGAACACAUCGAGCACGCUGAUCUCAUUUGCGGGAUGAAUGAUAUUUAAGGACGCUAUCGUUCCAGACGUCGCUUUGUCUCUGAUAUUACGAUAUUCUUGGAGUAGUGUUAAAUUAUCAAGUUAUUUGAGCAGUAUUAUCAAUAGUGAAGUAUUUAUUGGAGCUCUUCAGGUAGAUGCGGUAUAGUAUUAUUGUACCUUGAAUGUUUGAAAUGAAUUUCUGUGUCUAGUCAUUUGGAUGAUUGAAAGUAUCAAUUGCCAAUAUAUUAUUUAAAUUAUGAAAGAUGUUUGUUUCAUUUUAAUUAUAAAUAUGUAUGUAAAUAAAAAAAAAUAACGAUA